UUUUUUUUCCGCCUUCUCCCCCAAAUUUUCUUCUUUUUCUCUCUGAAACUCGUCUCCAGCUCCGCCGCUGUAUCUGAUAUCUCUCGACCACUCCACGCAUCUUUGCAGGGAACGUGUGGGUGGAUCAGCGUACCUGUUCAAGUAUCUGUUAAUGCAAGACGCUGUUGCUUCUUGACCCACAUAGUUUGGUUCUUGGCAAGGUGUCUGGUCCCAGGCAAAAUGGGUUUCGAUAAUGAAUGCAUUUUAAACAUUCAGUCUCUUGCUGGAGAAUACUUUUGUCCUGUUUGUCGCCUUCUUGUCUAUCCAAGUGAAGCGCUACAAUCACAAUGCACGCACUUGUACUGCAAACCCUGCUUAAGCUAUGUUGUUGGAACUACAAAAGCUUGUCCCUAUGAUGGUUACUUGGUGACAGAAGCAGAUUCUAAGCCUCUGAUAGAGUCAAAUAAAGCACUAGCUGAAACCAUAGAGAAGAUAGCAGUUCAUUGUCUCUACCACAGAAGUGGGUGUACAUGGCAGGGCUCUUUGUCAGAAUGCACAGCCCAUUGUGCAGGGUGUACCUUUGGCAAUUCCCCAGUUGUAUGCAACAGAUGUGGAACACAAAUUGUGCAUCGCCAAGUUCAGGAACAUGCACAGAGCUGCCCAGGUGUGCAGCCUCAACCACAACAGCCAGACAGUACCCAGGACGCAACUGCAGCAUCCACUGUGGUGGCUAUCGCCCAGCAGAAUCAAGCGGCUUCCCAGCAGAACCAAGCGGCUACCAAGGCAGGAAUACCGGCUUCUCAAGCCCAGUCCACCCAGGUUGCUGCUACAGUAGCUCCAGCAUCAGGACAAGAUCAAAGUAAAGUUAUGACGAGUGCUCAGCCUCAAGCAGCAGUUACUUCUGCUCCUACUCCUGAGCAGUGGUAUCAGCAGCAGCAACAACACUAUCAACAAUAUUACCAGAACUAUCCUGGAUAUGAUCCAUAUCAACAACAAUAUCAGCAUUAUGUUCCAUAUCAACAAGCUCAUCCUGCAACUGUACAAGGUCUACAGCAGCCUCAACCCCAGCCUCAAGUCCGUCCCCAAGCCCAAUCUCAGCAACCCCAACUACAGUCUCAAUCCCAACCUCAGGUACAUCCUCAAAUGCAGCAGAUGUCGAGUCGUCCACCUAUCCAAGGCCAGCCACAUUCACAGUUCUAUCCCCAAGCUCGGCCUCAGCCACAGGCACAUCCAGCGCAACUCCAACCCCAACCUUACAUGCAACAACGUCCGCAGGUGCCACAUUCCCAGUUGCCGCUUCCGCAAUCACAGCCAUUAUCCCAACCCAUUCCCCAAUCUCAGCCCCAUAUGCAUGCCCAAUCGCAGAUGCAGCCACAGGUGCCAAUUCAACCCCCUCCGCAUUCCCUGCCACAACCACAUUCGCAACAUCCCCAUGUUCUGACACAGCAUCCACCCGCUCAGGCUGUGACAGGCCACCAGUCUUAUCCCCAAGCACAACCAUACCAAAAAGUGCUUCCGGGUGCUUUACCACAACUGCCUCAUCAUAUCCAUCCUCAGCAGGGUAUAACACAACAACCAACAGUGAUGCGUCCACCACAGGCUCGUGCCCCGAUGCAACACCCGCAAGCAUCACCUUCGUUGCUGCCUCCUCAAGGACAACGCCCCAACAUGCUUCCAGUACAGCAACACCCGGUGCGUCCGCAGAUUCACCACCCCGGUCAGGGUAUUCAACAUCACCCUGGUAUGCCUACUCUUCAGCAACAGCCAGCUCCUCAACAAAACCAGCAGCUUCAGGGUCAUUUACCACACCCUCAGGCGUUUCCUGGGCAAACACCUGGUUUGGUCCAGAAUCAGUCCCAUCUGCCAGGUCCAUUCCUGCAGCACCAGGCUAUGCAGCCUCAGAUACGUGCCCAGGGACCUCCUGCCUCUUUCCAGCAGAAUAAUCCUACUGCUUUUGGUAUGCAACCCCAUCAAUCUCAAAACCAUGCAGGGAGACCUAUGGUGCCAAACUCUGGGGUAUCCCAUCAAAAGUUUCAGCAAUCUACUGGUGGGACUGCCCAGCCUAAGCCAGUGCAGCCGAAUGGAGUCCAGCCAGCUUCAAGUCAAAGCUACCCCCCUGGAGCAAACACCCAGGCCCAGUCACCUUCGGUACCAGUUUCUAAGAAGGUUGAACCAAUACGUGAAACUGGGUCUCAAAAUAACGAUGCAAAGGAAGUAGCGCCAAGCAGAGAGUUGGCUGGUGGUACUAAGGAUCCAUCAGUUCCAAAUGGCUUACAGGGUGAUAAAUUAAUUGCUUUACCAGAAGAGAGAUAUACGAAAGUACCAGAAGAUGGUUAUAAUCAGCUAUCAGAGGAGCGCUUCAAGCCCUUCUCAGGGGAACCAAAUAGACACAUUGCUGAUCAGAGAGAGUUUGAUGAAGACCUCAAGCAGUUCCCCAGAGCAGGUCAUUUGGAUGCUGAACGUUUUCCUGGGUAUGAAAGCUAUCCUUCGUCGUCGAGGCCCCUUGAUAGAGGUCCAUACGGGAACCAUGAUGUUGGACCCAAAUUGGAUGGUCCUAGUGGUGCUGGUUCAAGGUUGCCUCCUUAUCAUUCCGCUAAUCCAUCUGCACGUACUAUGAUGCCGGUUGGUUUCCCUAAUGAAAACAUGGGGAGGAAAGGUGAUCCUGCUGUUGCUCACCCCGAUUUUCUGAGGCCUUAUGAAUCUGGUCGGCAUAUGCCUCCUCCUAGAAGUCCCGGUAGGGAAUUUCCAAGGUUUAUAUCGGAUGGAAUUGAUGGCCGGGAUCCACACGUAUUUGGUGAACGAUAUAAAUCAUACUUACCUUCUGAUGGCAGUGAAUUUCAAGAAAGUAGGUAUCCGCAAUUGCCUGGCCACUUGCGUAGAGGUGUCCAUGAUGGUACAGAUAUAUUGCGUGGAGUUGAACCUGGUGGUCCUCGCCAUUUUUCAAAUCAUAUGCAUAUGGGUGAGCCAGCUGGUUUUGAUCCCUUCCCCAACCAUUUGCGAAUGGGUGGUCCUGGAAACUUGCCACCCGAUAUGCUUGGUGAAGUUGGUCAUGGACGUAUUGGUAAUAUAGGAUACAAUGGCGGCUUUCCUUUCACUGAACAUCAAAUUGAUAGUGGAUAUUACCAUCCUGAAGAAGAGUCCUUCGAUCAAUCAAGAAAGAGGAAGCAAGGGAGCAUGGGAUGGUGCAGAAUAUGUAAAGUAGAUUGUCAAACAGUAGAAGGUCUAGAGGCGCAUUCACAGACAAGAGAUCACCAAAAAAUGGCCAUGGAUAUGGUCCUAAAUAUCAAAAAGAAUAGUGCCAAGAAACAGAAACUAUCAUCUGAUGAUAAUAUAUCACAUGAGGAUACAAACAAGUCCAGGAAGGGCAAUUUCGAUAAUCGUGGAAAUAAGCAUUGAGUCGUGACUGGGUGUCUAUGUCAAUCAUUUAGGAUACUGAAGUUGCUGGUUGGUGUAUGACACAAAGCUGUUUUUGGUUCUUCAGUGUUUUUCAUCAGGGACAUGUAGGUGAUUCACCCUCCUAUCCUGCCUUUCUUUUUGGGGUGGUUUAUGCUAGUUCUGUUGUUUCAGGUUGCUGCUGUGUUUUAUGGAGAUGGUUCUUUGGAACUGAAGUUUCUGUUCAGAAGUUAAGUUCGUCUCAUUUUAUGAAUUUGACUUCUUUAGCUUUCAUGAUGAUAGUUUUGCGUCAGCAUAGUUCAUGUUUAGUUAAAAUGCCAAAAUGUUAUUGAGCGUUGAGAUUUUAGUGUGCAUUUUAAAUCAUUGAUGAUGCAGCGUUCGUUUUAGAUUUACGUGUACCUCUGUGGACAUGGAUGUUUAAUCAGGAUAAAAUACUAGAGCUUGCAUAUACCUCUACAUAGUACUUUGUCUUGUUAUGCCAUACCCUGUGAUGCACACUAAGAAAGCGAAUCCAGUCUUUGAUAUUCAGACCAAGAAUCACUCGUCACUUUUAUGCCUCUGUUAGCCUUCUUAUGCUGCUGUAGCUUUUAGUUUAUGCAACUGCUGGUUUAUUCUUCC